AUGCUCUUGGUGAGCCUGCAGCUGAAACUGGAAGCGGCCAACAGGGAGGAGUGCCUCGUGGUGCACGGCGGUGCUCCUCUAACGGCGGCUAGAAGGGAGUUAUGGUGUCUCGCGCAUGCAAUGCCUGUGGCCGCCGCAGCCGUGGCACUGUGGCAACGUGCCCAUCUCAAGGCGCUCGCCUGCGUCGUCCUCGCCCUCAUCGCCGUCCAGUAUUUGCUUAGCGGCGGCGUACUCGAUCGUCGUUCCAUCGAGACCAUCUUCACGAUCAACGCGACCAGAUACGCUGAUCGCUCGUACAGAACCCACCCGCGUGGCUUGAUCAUAUACGGUCAAGCAACCAUUGUACCAAGUUUAGCCGCGGGUGGCAAUGUAUCCUCGACGACGAUACUUCCAAUACUGGCGAAAGGCCUCUCGAAUUCAAGCAAAUCUGAACCGAUGCCAAUCAAAAAUCUGGUCGUCGGGAGUGGAAUCACACGAGAGCUUCCGGUGGCAAACGCGACCAGCAACGCGACAAUGCCACGGUGUCCUCUCAUACCACCAAAUUUGGUUGGACCGGUGGUCGUCAGUAAGUCACCGCCAUCGCUGUCCGAGAUGGAGAGGUCGUUCGUGGAGGUGAAGGCAGGCGGUACAGGUCGGCCCGCGGACUGCGCCGCCAGGCAUCGCGUCGCCAUAAUCAUUCCAUUUCGCGAUCGACCGCAGCAUUUGCAGACCCUCCUCUACAAUCUGCAUCCGAUUCUACUGCGCCAGCAAAUCGACUAUCAGAUCUUCGUGAUCGAGCAGGAAGGUACCGGGGCCUUUAAUCGAGCAAUGCUCAUGAACGUUGGCUACGUAGAGGCUUUAAAGGAAAGAACCUUCGACUGCUUCAUUUUUCACGAUGUUGACCUACUUCCGGAAGACGAUAGAAAUCUGUACACAUGUCCCGAACAGCCCAGGCAUAUGUCAGUCGCGGUGGACAAAUUCAAGUACAGGUUACCUUACGCUGAUCUCUUCGGUGGCGUGUCCGCGAUGUCGCGUGAACACUUCCAGUUGGUCAAUGGCUUCAGCAACGUUUUCUGGGGUUGGGGCGGUGAGGACGACGAUAUGGCGAAUCGUAUCAAGGCCCACGGUCUGCACAUCUCGCGAUAUCCGGCGAAUGUCGCGCGUUAUAAAAUGCUCACGCACAAAAAGGAGAAAGCUAAUCCGAAGAGGUAUGAGUUCCUGAAAACAGGCAAGAAAAGAUUUUCCACUGAUGGGUUAGCGAAUCUGCAAUAUGAACUAAGUGACAAGAGGAAGCCGAAGUUGUACACGUGGCUUCUAGUGAGACUGACGCCACCGCAGCCUAGCUGA